AUGGUCGUCCUACCGCUUACCACGCUUGCACUCGCCCUUCUAUCCUCCGCCUUUGGUCAGAGCGACCUGUUCGGUGACGACAAGCUGGACAAAAUCGUGCCUUGGGACAGCCUGACCGGCCCUGUGAACCCACCACAUUCGCAGUGGCCUGCUGGAGAUGGCUUGAGCUACUCAGACCUCAAAGACAUCCUCUCCACCACACCCAACCCGGACAAGGCCAAAGAGUGGUCUCAAUUCUACACGGCUGGCCCACAUCUUGCUGGACAGAACUUGAGUCAGGCUGUCUGGACUAGGGACAGAUGGGAAGAGUUUGGUGUCAAGAGCGAGGUCGUGCCAUACGAAGUCUACAUCAACUAUCCUCUGGACCACAGACUUGCUCUGCUGAAGGAUGGGGAAGUCUCGUUCGAGGCCACUCUCGAGGAAGACGUCUUGGAAGAGGAUCCCACAUCCGGUCUGAAAGAUCGCGUGCCUACCUUCCACGGCUACUCGGCCAGCGGAAACGUCACUGCGCAAUACGUCUACUGCAACUUCGGCACUUAUACCGACUUUGAGAAUCUGGUUGCCGCAGGUAUCGAACUGAAGGGUAAGAUCGCUCUUGUCAGAUAUGGAAGCGUGUUCAGAGGUCUCAAGGUCAAGAGAGCGCAGGAACUUGGGAUGGUAGGAACCAUUAUCUACAGCGACCCUGGUGAUGACGGUCUCGUCACCGAAGUCAAUGGUUACAAGCCAUACCCCGAAGGUCCUGCCAGAAACCCCAGCUCUGUACAAAGAGGCAGUGUGCAAUACCUGAGUCAAUUCCCCGGUGACCCCACUACUCCCGGAUAUGCCUCAAAGCCUGGCGUGCCUCGUAAACCUGCAAACGCGUCCACACCCUCGAUCCCGUCGUUGCCCAUCUCUUACGCCGAGGCUAUUCCCCUACUCCAGGCGCUGAACGGCCAUGGACCGAAUGCUUCAUCCUUCCCUGCUCGUUGGCACAAGGGUGGUCUUGAACACAAGAAUGUUUCUUAUAACAUCGGCCCUUCCCCACCGUCUGUCACCAUCAACUUGAUGAACCUGCAGAACUACACUAUUACGCCGAUUUGGAACACCAUCGGUAUCAUCAAUGGAUCCCUGUCAGAUGAAGUCAUCGUUCUCGGCAACCACAGAGACGCCUGGAUUGCUGGCGGUGCUGGUGAUCCUAACUCGGGAUCUGCAGCUCUCAACGAGGUCAUCCGCUCGUUUGGCGUUGCUCUGUCAAAGGGUUGGAAGCCACAGAGAACUAUUGUGUUUGCCAGCUGGGAUGGCGAAGAAUAUGGUCUGGUCGGCUCAACUGAAUGGGUCGAAGAUUACCUGCCGUGGCUCAAGGAUUCUGCUGUUGCUUACCUCAACGUUGAUGUCGGUACUCGUGGCACUAGAUUCAACGCCAAUGCUGCGCCUCUGCUUAACCAAGCCAUCUACGAGGUGACCAAGUCCAUCAAAUCGCCAAACCAGACGGUCGAAGGAUCGACCGUAUAUGAUCUGUGGGACAAGCACAUUGGAACCAUGGGGUCUGGUUCCGAUUUUACAGCCUUCCAAGACUUUGCUGGUAUCCCCAGUGCUGACUUUGGAUUUGGCAAGACUGGACCUCUGGAUCCUAUCUAUCACUAUCACAGCAACUACGACAGUUAUGCCUGGAUGGUCAAAUACGGUGACCCGACCUUCCAAUACCAUGUCACGGCGGCCAAGGUUUGGUCUCUCCUUGCAGCGUCACUGAGCGAGAAAGCUGUGGUACCAUUCAAUGCCACCGACUACGCUUCCAGCCUCGAAAGAUAUCUUGACAGCGUCAAGCACAUGGCCAACUCGUCGGGCAUGUCUUACAGGGAUAAGGAGGAACAGGAUGUAUCCAUGUUCGUGGACCUUGAUCUGGCCAUCGAGUACCUUCAGCGUACAGCACACAGCUUUGACGCGCACGCGGCAGGUCUGGCUGCGCAAGCCACUGUAGCAGAGGGCAAGCACAAUCCUGCUGCCACCAAUAGACUCUUUGCCGAGAUUCGAGCUGUCAACACACAGUACAAGAUGCUGGAGCGUGCCUUCUUAUUCCCGAAGGGGCUUGACGGACGAAGCUGGUUCAAGCAUGUCGUGUUCGCACCUGGCAAAUGGACCGGAUAUGCUGGAGACACGUAUCCAGGACUUGUUGAGGCGAUUCAGGCAGGUGAUAAGAAGGCACUUUACAGAUGGGCUGGUAUCAUCGAGGGUGUUGUGUGGAGAGCAGCUGGUGUGAUCAGCUGA